UAUUAACACUCAACUAAGAAUCUUAGUUUAAGAUAUAUGUAAAAACUAACUAGGUUAGGUAACUAGGUUAUAGUAGGUAUAAUAUAAUAUAUAAAUAAAAACGAAUCAAUAAGAGAAUCACAAAAACUUGACAAAAACAAUCGCAAACGUAUCUUAAAUUCAUCAAGCCAUUUCACAGCUGCUAUAUGUUACGUAAGUAUAAAAUACAAAAAACGAUUGUUAUGUUCAAAUUAUCAUUAUACUUCCGUUUUAAAAUUAAACAAACUACGAUCAUUUAUAAGAAGAUUAAUUUUUUAAAAACAACUGAUUACAUCAUUGGUUUUUGAUGUGGCACGACCGUGGUUACCGCCAAGUCCGUCCCCGCGUUACUACGGCCACUGCUGGUUACCGUAUCCGUUACCAUUAGCUGCACUUCGGCUUCUACCAGUGACAACGGCGUCUCGAUCCAGCAGUCAUAUUCUGCAGUGAUAGUGGCAUCAAUAUCAAAACAGACGAUUCGGCACGUGAUGGCGAAUCCGUCGAAACUGGCAACUCCGCGGACCACAAUCGGAACGACAAUCCAAUUUCGGGAGCAUUACCCGAGGAAUUUUCACGCACGGUCAUAUUAGGUAAUGAUAUAGAUCUCUUGUUCACCGGCAAACUAUGGUCAUCGCUGCUUUCCGACGGUUUCAGGAUAUUUUACCGGUGAUUGUCAACAGUCGGUACCAUCAAGUAGGGCAUGGAUUUUCAACCGACCUCUGUAGGUGCUUCGGCCGCAGAGUUUGCAAGCAAGGCCAUAUUAGACCCCAGUGGUGGAGUACAGGCUGACAACGACGACGUUAGUGACGGUGGUUCGCCAGUGGCGGCAGUUGACUUCGGUGAGGCGGCGGACAGUGACAGGAAGCAGAGGAGAGUGCACCACCACAAACGCCAUUUGUCGAGAUCUUCAUCGGCGGUCGACUAUGCCCCGGGGAAUGCACUGAUUAACGAGCUCGGAAAUCCGGACAACAUGUUCGUCACCGAAAACGGCACCGUUGUCACGUCACAGAUCGGCGGCACCGCAAUUCUGCCAUGCGCCACCGUCAAGCCCGGCACGGCCACGGUGUCAUGGAUGAGACGGAUAGACUAUACAAUUUUAACAAUAGGAACGAGAAGUUAUAGCAGUGACAAAAGGUUUUACGUAGACCACACCAGACAUCUAAAGACAUGGAAUUUAGAAAUAACACCAGUGGAAGCAUCAGACGCGGGCUUAUACGAAUGCCGUAUAGCUACACAUCCAACUACCAGCAAUUUUGUACAUUUAAAAGUCACAGAGGCCAGAGCGGAAAUCCUCGGUUCACCGGACCUGUACAUCAUGAGCGGCAGCAGCUUAAGACUGGUGUGCCGGCUACAGGGGUCAACACAAGCCCCGCUGUUCGUGUUCUGGUAUCAUUCCGAUCGGAUGAUCAAUUUUGACACGGAUCGGGGCCUGGUCGUGCACAUCAACAGCACGGAAAGCGACCUGAUUAUGCCGUACACAAACACGUCGGACAGCGGCAAUUACACAUGUCAACCGCAAAACAUAUCGCCGGCCACGAUUCACGUGCACGUGCUCCAAUCUGAAGUACCGGCGGCCAUGCAACACGGGGUCCGUAGCUCGACUUCGGGGUCAUUCGCCAUCUCCAAUUGUGCUAUGUUUACAAUAAUCUAUAUGCUUUUGCAAAUGUUAAGCUAAAAUGGACUGGACAUUUGUAAAUAAUAUUAAAUAAAUAUUACAUUAUAAUUUUCCAUCAUACUAAUAAUAAUUAUACAUUAUGUUUUCAAUGUAAAUAGAUAAUAAUAUAAUGAUUACGAUGUAUUAUAAGUUAUAAUAUUAUAAUGACAUCACUAUCGUGUUACAUUAAUCGAUGUGUAUAAAUCUAUAAUCAAACAAAUACAGUAAAAAAAAGGAAAUAUUUAUUAUCAGUUUGUUUGCGUAAGUUUUUUAACAUUUUAUUUUGUACAGGCAAGUG